GGCCGCCCCCUCAGCACCGCGCGGGCAUGGCGGGCUGCGCGUAGCCGCGCCUGGACGCGCUCGCUGUGGCAGUUCGUUAAGGCGAGCGCACUCUCAGACAAUGAGCCCAGCGCGGCCCCCCGGCCCGCACCUGCCCGUAUCAACAUCAGUAUUCUUGCCAGCAGCAGAACGCACUGCUAGACCACAGCAUGUGAAGCUCCAUUGGACAAUCCAGUGAAAUACUGACUGCACCAGGGAACAGCUGACAUGCUUCUCGCUUUUGUUCUUGAACUGCAAGACUAUCCUUGCCUAAAUAUGAAAGAGAAACCUGCAAAACAAGAAUUGCAAGCUUCAUUGAGAUAUAACAAGCCAAAUUAAUUCUUGAGGCAGGUGAUCUGCAGCCAUGAGCAGCAAUGAAUGCUUCAAGUGCGGACGCACUGGCCAUUGGGCUCGGGAGUGCCCUACUGGGAUUGGCCGUGGUCGUGGGAUGAGAAGCCGUGGCAGAGCAGGCUUCCAGUUCAUGUCUUCAUCUCUCCCGGACAUCUGUUACCGCUGUGGUGAGUCUGGCCAUCUUGCCAAGGACUGUGAUCUUCAGGAGGAUGAAGCCUGCUAUAACUGCGGUAGAGGUGGCCAUAUUGCGAAGGACUGCAAGGAGCCGAAGAGGGAGAGAGAGCAGUGCUGCUACAACUGUGGCAAACCUGGCCACCUGGCUCGUGACUGUGACCAUGCAGACGAGCAGAAAUGCUACUCUUGUGGAGAAUUUGGACACAUUCAAAAAGACUGCACCAAAGUGAAAUGCUAUAGGUGUGGUGAAACUGGCCAUGUAGCCAUCAACUGCAGCAAGACCAGUGAAGUCAACUGCUAUCGCUGCGGCGAGUCAGGGCACCUUGCACGGGAAUGCACAAUUGAAGCUACAGCCUAAUUAUUUUCCUUUGUCGCCCCUCCUUUUUCUGAUUGAUGGUUGUAUUAUUUUUCUCUGAAUCCUCUUCACUGGCCAAAGGUUGGCAGAUAGAGGCUACUCCCAGGCCAGUGAGCUUUACUUGCCGUGUAAAAGGAGGAAAGGGGUGGAAAAAUCAACUUUCUGCAUUUAACUACAAAAAAUGUUUAUGUUUAGUUUGGUAGAGGUGUUAUGUAUAAUGCUUUGUUAAAGAACCCCCUUUCCGUGCCACUGGUGAAUAGGGAUUGAUGAGUGGGAAGAGUUGAGUCAGACCAGCAAAACCCUCUCUGGGUUACAUGGAAGUGAUCCUAUGCAGGAGAAAAGAAAUUCUGGAAGUGUCUGAACUUCCUCAUAACUUUAAUUUUAUUACAAUGGCCUUGGAUUGUCUGACCUCAGUAGCUGUUAACACCAAGUAAUAUCUGUAUCAGGCCCUACCUAGAGCAUAUAGCUGAGUGGGAGUAAAUAAACAAGAUGCACAUGCCUGUUAAUGGCCACGAGAGAGAGAGAAAUCAGGAAUAAACUUAAAAAUAACAGUAAUUCAGUCAGUGAAUGUCCAUGUUGGAGAAACAGAACGUAAUGGGAAGCUUUUGAAUAAAUACUUCAAAGUAAAUCUGAAACCCAGACAUCAGUGCUCAUAGCAUAUACAAUUUGGAGCUAUUCAGGAGUUGCAAAUAAAUGCAUUUUCACAGAAAUCAAGAUGUUAUUUUUGUAUACUAUAUCACUUAGACAACUGAGUUUCAUUUGCUUGUAAUCAGUUUUUAAAGUAAGAUGGUAAAAGCAAUUGAAGUCCUAGAACAUAGAAAAUGUAAUUUUAAACUAUCAAUAAAGCUGGAGGAGGAAGGGGAGUUUGGCUAAAAUUCUUCGUUUAUUUUUGGUUUUCAUGUACACAGUGCAAAAUAACAUAUUAAAAAGGGGUAUGUGGAGGUGUAAAAA